AUGGCGUUCUUGUUGAACAAAACAACCAUUGCUUCCCAUUUUCGAUCUCACUCCCAGAAAACUGAAGAUUCCGCUUCUUUUCCACGACGUCGAUACCACGUUGAACCUGGGCCACGUGAGAAAGCUCUCUUAGCAGAAGAUUCAGCUCUGAAACCAUUCAAAUCUUAUAAGAAGAAUGUAAAACAGCUCAAGAAAAUUGGGGAUGUUCUGACAGUUGUUGUUGUUGCAGUUGGAAAUGAUCUGAGCCAGAUUUAUAUUUUGGCUGAGGCAAACCCUUGGGAUUUGGAAAUACAAUCAUUUCCUCAAAUGUUAAGCAUCUAUCGCACUGAGCAAUAUGGUUAUUUGCAUAGUUGUUUGAAGGAUGCUGUUACGAAUUAUAUGUUAGAGCUGUUACACGAGAGGAAGCACAGAGACAUGUGUGAAACUGUGAGGAUUCGUUCAACCAAGUUUGAGGGCGAGCAGUUAUUUGAGGGCUUGGUUGUAAUGAUCUAUGAAAUGUUUAAUGCGAUUCUAUAA